AUGUCAGUGGGCGUAUGCGACCAACCUCAGGUUAUUCACUCAAUAGAUAGUAUCCCUAUGUUAGUUUCGCGCCAUAGUUUGACGAGAACGCCCUACGAACAUAGCGAUGAUCCUCUCUCAAUUUUAAUCCCAACACCCACAACACAGUCUGCGUCUACCAGUUAUUUGUUGUCUUGCAGCGUUUCCACUCCGUGCAGUUCGCCUUUGACAUUCCGAUCUCAUUCCACUAUUCAGACGCCUCAUUCAGAUGCUAGACAUGCGUCCGGUAUGCUUCACCAUAGUUUGCCAUGCGAAUCUCAUCCUAUUGAGAAUAAACUCACAGAUUCUUCAUUCUCGUCAGUUUCUCACUUUCCCCUAUCAGAUACACCACCUGUGCAUGUGGACAGUUACACAACUUGUCAAAGUCAGGAUAACCAGGUUUUUAAUUCAGACCUUUUACUUCUGGAAGAUACAGCUCGUCCUUCUUGUUCAUCACUAAGCUCUCCCAAAGUAGUUUUGGAUUGCAACUCAUCUGAGCACACUUCCACACCCACGUGUUUAUCAAUUGGUGAACAUACCUCAACAACCGUUUUGAGCCCCAUUGUUAGACCAAAGGAAUAUACUGUCUGCUCAUCAGCAAAUGUAGCCGAUGUAUCGGAUAAUCUUACCAAUAACUGGAUGAAGACUACUACUUGUGAACCAGAUAUUCAGGCAGCAAAAGAGUGUGCAAUUUCGGAUGACAAUUUUGACUCUGUAUCUAAAGCGACAGACGAAAAUUUAAUGGAUUUAGAACAAGUUAUUUCGUCACACUCAGCUUCAUUACCGGCUGUUGAUGAUGAGUACUUUUUGAAAACCUCUGACAAUUAUCAUGUCGAUACAGUAGUGAGCAUUAACCUUAGAUGUAUCUCUCAUUCAGAAAAAAUCCCCUCUCCAACCACUAGUGGCGAGUCGGCAUCUGCAAAGACAUCUGUUAUAUGUUCUGCUGAGCCAGAUUUCCCUGACGUUUACACUGAUGUUUCUGAUGUAAAUGACAAUACCAAUAAUGUGAUACCACCGCACGAGUCACCAAAGAGUGUUAAAGAAACAAUAACUCAGUUCUCUGCGAAUACGAAACUUACAUCUCUAAUGGCGUCUAAUGAGAGCUCGAUUGAUUUUAAGUGCGAAAUAGAAAGUCAAAAAGAUGAUUGUUUUAUCCGAUCAGAUAUUACAAGUGUCUCCGAGUCUGCUAAUGGUGAUAACGAAUGUAAGAUAACCACAUCUGUAUCCCCCUUAACAGAAGACCUUACAUUCAAAGAACCAUGUAAAACUCAAAGUUCUCCAGUGAUCAAAGCUUCUACCAUUUUCGAGUCACCGUCGAAAGAUAAGGUUCAGGCACGGACUAUUGAUGAAGAUCACAAUUUACUCUUCCAAGCAGAGCACCAUAAUGACAAUUUAGAAGAUACAGAUGAACCUGAUAGGCAUUCUUCUGUUCAUUUGUCCCUUAAAGAAGAGAAAGUGUACAACGAUGCUGAUUAUGCUGCUGCUGCAGUUGCCGCUGUUGAUGAUGUGGUGUAUGCUUUGGCCGGUAAUCGUAAGCCUGAUCCAUCUUUAACUCUUGAUCCAGCUUUGGAAGGUACUGGUACAGAUCGUCUGUAUAGUUUAAGUUUAGCUCCAGUUCACAAUGAGUUAAGCGAUUCACAAAUAAAUAUUUCAAAUUCAGAUCUGUGUAACAAAAGUUUCGUGAAUGCGAACAAAAUCUCAGAUCGUGUUCGCUUUCACCACUCUCUUGUGGCGAACGAAUCUUCAGACGGUGAAGUUGGCUCAGAGGAUCACCUGUCCAGAAGCUUAUCCAAUGUUUCUCCUAAUAACUGGAAUAAUACAGGUGUAAAGGGUGAAUUCUUAUGCCUGUCGUGCAAUAAGGUUUUUUCACAAAAGGCUUUACUUCUAAAACAUCGAGUUAUGCAUGAAGAGCCAAAACAUAUGUGUGACACUUGUGGUCGUAGCUUCGUACGAGAAGAUAAACUUAAGCGUCAUGUGAUGUCUAUCCAUACCGCUGAAAAACCUCAUGUUUGUCAUAUAUGUAGUAAAGCUUUUUCCCGCAAAGAUAAACUCAAGGAUCAUUUGAAACAUCAUGAUCGUGCAGCUAGAAAUUUCGAGUGUCAACAGUGUCAGCAACCCUUUGUACAAAAAUCCGAUCUUAACAGACAUAUCCGGGGAGUACAUCAAGGUGAACCGGGUGUUGGAAUAAAUAUGGCAAUAAAACGAAAAGCGCCAGGCUCUACGCCAUCACGUUUAUCCAAACGAAAAUCCAAGUCUACAAUUGAUAGUUCUGAUUCUAACAAUGAUGAGAUCAAAGCAGUUAUGUCAUCAGUAGAAAACUCAUUCACUAUUUCCACCAAUAUGUCUUUGCAUAGUUCACAGAAUGGAAAAACUGUUGGUGGUAUACGAAAUAUUGAUGAUACAGAAUCAGACAUAAAAAUAAGCAAUCAAGCAGCAUCGAUUACCAGUGCAACUACGGUUUUUGCAUCAGUUCCAGUGGUUGCAACCACAACAUCGGCAGCAUGUGCAGUUAGUUUUACUCCUCUAACUGUUUCACUAUCGCCUGCUGGUGCAACUCAAACAUCUCAUCCGAUUUUUGCAGCUAAUGCUUCCGGUCUAAUGUUUCCUACAAUGACUCCUCGUCCUCAUCUUGUCCAACAGCAACAUCAAGCAGCAGCCGGAACUGUGAUGAUACCAAGCGUCAGUGUAGCUUCCGUAUCGGCGAUGCAUCCAUCAGGAAUUUCUUUACAACAGCAGCAACAUCAACAGUUUUUUGCCAUGGCUGCAAUGCCAGCUCUUGCUCAAUCAAUUACGGCCACGCAGUCAUCUAAUGGUGUUCAUCAAAACCAACAAAGUACUAAUGUUCAACCUACACAAACUUCAAUCCACUUCCAACCUGAAUUGAAAACUGUAGCUACACCUUCAGGUCCUAUGAUGGUAUUGACUCAUAUAGGUGCACCAAAUCAGUCCGGUCAAGCUCAUCCAUUAACUGGUCAAGCAAUUUUCCCACAGGUUGUCGGAUUUCAUGCAACUGCAGCUCAACAACAACAACUCCAACAAUUACAGCAGCAACAAGCAGCAGUCGUUCAACAUCAGCAACUUCUACAACAACAACAACAAGCCAACUAUGCAGCAGCGGCUGCUGCUGCGGCUGCAGCUAGUACACACCUAGUUACAGUUUCUAAUCAUGGUAAUUGUAACCAAUCAACUCCCAACCAAACACAACAAUUCCAACUUCAACAGCAGCAACAGGCUGUGGCUUUAGCAGCCCAUCAGCAAGCGGCGCAUAAUUUUCUUUUCCCUGCUGCUGGCGGUGGUGGUAUUAACUCGGCAGGUACUGUUGCGACGGCAGCUGCUCCAACUACAUUCUUUUGCCAUCCACAAGAAGGAAUGGCUGCUGGUUUGAUUCUGGCUUCUCCAACUGAUCCAACUAGUUUUGCAUUAGCAGCGGCUGCUCAAGCACAAGCAGCAGCAGCUGUCCAACAGCAGCAGAAAAAUGUUAAUAUCGUUAAUUCUCAAGGCACUUCUGCGAUUGCUGCUACUCAGUUGCAACUAGUAACAGGUUAUUCACAGACUGACGCACAGCAAGCUGUUGCACAACAACAACACCAACAGCUAUUGUUACAACAACAGCACCAGCAGAGAUUAGCAGCAGUAGCGGCUGCAGCCGGAGUUUCACAAACUUCAGCACUUGCUAAUCCACACUCUGGAGUGUUAAUGUCCUCGAAUACUUCUGGUACUAUUAUCAAUGGUAGUACACCAACAUCUGUAAUUGUUAAUCCAGCUCAAGAAGAACAGCUUAAUCGAGUUCUAGUGGGACAACAAGAUACAAGAGGGCAUACUGCAGCAGUUAAUAAUUACCAACUUGCUGCAUUUACCAACGCCGCAGCCGCAGCAUUAUAUCAACAACAACACUCUGGUUUUAUGCUUGCAGCAGCUGCGAAUGCUGGCGUCACUAAUACUAAUGCAGCGAUUAUUUCCCGAGGAACAGCAACUGUAGCAGCUAUGGCUUUACAUCAUCAACAGCAACAGUAUCAACAGCAAGCAGGUCUCAUGGCCGCAGCGGCCUACCAUCAACAACAACAAGUAGCUCAUCAGCAGGCUUUACAACAACAACAGCAACAACAUAUCCAAGCACUGCAACAACAGCAUCAGCAGCAACAGUAG